AUGACCAAUGCAUUGGCCGGUGCGGCCUCAACACUGGGGGCAUUUGUCAGCAGUUAUGCGUACCUCAACACCAAUCUCCCGCCCUACAUUAAGAGCAACUUGUCCAACUUUGCCAUGUUUGGCACCGCUAUCAUCGGUAGCAUUAUCCUCCUGCUAAACUUCAAGCAUGAGAACUACAAGCGCGAAACAAAGGCUGUCGAUAUCUCCAGGCUCACUGAAGAGGAGGCAGUUUCUGCCCUCAUCGAUAUCGACCACCUGACGCCCGAUGAGGAACAGGAUGCGCGUCUUCUUCUGUUCCUUGCCUUUGGAAUGUGUACUGCCCAUCUCAACCGCGCCGUCAUUAGUUUCGCCAAGAUCAUGGGCAUGGAGAAGCAUCUCCACAUGAGCGGCACGCAGUCGGUGCUCGCAAAGUACAUUCCGACCAUGAUAUUUAUAUCUGGAGCUCUCAGCGUCUUCAUUCUUGCCAUCAAGAACUUUAGCGGGAUGAUCGCAGUGCGUCCAAUCUACUCGUGGCAGUGGCUCUACCUGCUUGUUGGUGGGCUUGCCAUGCUUUCUGGUAUUUACGGUUGGGUCUUCAUCCGGGACUACCCUGACACAGCCAGCUAUCUGAACGACGAGGAGCGCGAGCUGAUCGGCCGCGUCAUGGCGAGAAGCAACCUGCGUGCCAGUGACUCUGUAGUUAUUUCGCGUAGGCAGAUUGUGGAGGGGCUGACCGACUGGCGUCUAAUGGUGUUCAUGGUCAUCGACUUCGCAAACGCUUACGCUUCAGCGUCGGCCAGUACCUGGGCACCAGUUCUUAUGCAUAGCGUCGGAUACAACACAUCGACAGUAAUGGGGCUGCUUAUCAUUCCGUCUGUGUGUGCGGGAACUAUGGCGGCAUCGACUGGAUUCAUUGCGCGUAAGGUUGGCAAGAUGGGAGUGUUCCAAAUUAUACUGUCACUUGGUGCGGCUGCCAUUAUGAUUAUUGCUGUUUUCGGCGCGGAAAACAAGGUUGCGCGUACAUUCUCCAUCAUUGCCCUUCCGCUGUUCACGACUCCUGCCGCAGUCGUCGGACCUGCCUGGCUGAACAUCAACAUGCGCGGCACUGACCGCAGUGCUAUGACCAACGCAUUCACUGUCGCAGCUUCCACGCUGGGAGCAUUUGCUAACAGCUACACAUACCUCAACACCGAUGCACCUCUGUACAUCAAGGGCAGUUCGUCGAACUUUGCUAUGUUUGGUGCUUCGAUCAUUGGUAGUAUUAUCUUGCUUGUUGACUUCAAGCGCGAGAAUGCCAAGCGUGACGCAAACCCUAUGGAUAUCUCCGAUCUUACCGAGGAGGAAGUCAAGGCACUUGGAAACAAGCACCCGUCAUUCCGCUACACACUUUAA